UCCAGCAGCUGAUCCUGUUGUCUAUCCCAUUUGAGAUUUUAGACUCUAAAUAUGUGUCGUGCACGAGCCAAGCCGUCAAUCAUUUACCUGAGCAUUCAUUUGUCCAAAUGGGUUAUGACUAUUCUGAAUUCCGGUCAUCUGUGCCUGAAAGUGAGGAAUUUGUCCCGAUGAAAAUGAUGAUGUCUGCUGUGGGGGGUAUCCUGUCAUCUGUGCUUGAAGUGUAUUCUGGUAUGCAUAUCCUGUUGGAUACCCUGUUAUUUGUGCUUGAAGUGGACUAGAAUAGUAUGGGUUGUUCUGUUGUUGUUGUUGUUGUUGU